AUGGCGACAGAAAGUGUUCUCGACGGCGUCUUCGCCAUCAACAAGCCCUACGGCAUGUCCUCCGCCCAGGUCAUCCGUGACUGCAAGACUUACUUCAACCCCUCCGUCCUCUUCCAACCCAUGCUCGCGCAGAUGCGCGCUGACCGCGCCAAGGAGGACCGCUAUCAGCAGCGCCGACGACGAAAGGUCAAGCAGGCUAUUGAGGUCAAAAUGGGCCACGGCGGCACCCUGGAUCCCAUGGCUACGGGCGUGCUGAUCCUGGGUGUCGGCAAGGGCACCAAGGCCCUACAAGGCUUUCUAGGCUGCACCAAGACGUACGAGACGGUGGUGGUCUUUGGGGCGUCGUCCGACUCGUACGACCGGUGCGGACACCUCCUCAAGAAGAGACCGUACGAUCACAUCACGCGCGAGAAGGUAGAGGAGGCCCUCGACUCAUUCCGCGGGACCUACCAACAGAUGCCCCCCCUCUUCUCGGCCCUCAAGAUGGAGGGAAAGCCCUUGUACGAGUAUGCGCGCGAGGGCAAGCCGAUCCCGCGCGAAAUCCAGACCAGGGAGGUCACCGUCACCGAUGUCGAGAUUUUGGAGUGGUAUGAACCCGGCACGCACGAGCACCACUGGCCUACGCAGGAGGCCACCGCCGCGGAGAAGCAGUACGCCGAGCAGCUGUGGCGUGUCGAGAAGCAGCAGGUCGAAGGCAAGAAGAUGACGGAGGAGGAGGAAGAGGCCGACACCCAGGCGAUCGCGGAGCACAACGAUCUCAAACGCAAAUUCGAGGAGAGGCAGGAUGAGCUGGUCGUUGAGCGCCAGUCCAAGAAGAAUAGGAAUAAGCAGCAGAAUCAACAAGCCAACGGCGAAGCCACGUCCCCCGUUAUGUCCGGUGCCCUGGGCGAGCUGCCGCCCAAGGGCAAGGGUUCCGACCUCGUCCCGCCCGUCACCCCCGGCACGCCACCGCCAUGGAAGGACAAGGGCCCCCCAGCCGUCAGGAUACGCAUGACGGGUACCUCUGGCUUCUACGUCCGGUCGUUCGCGCACGACCUGGGCGAGAAGGUGGGAUCGGCUGGUCUGAUGGCGGAGCUGGUGCGCAAUCGGCAGGGCGACUUCGUGCUGGGGACCGAGAACUGCCUCGAGUACGACGACCUAGCCAAGGGCGAGGACGUGUGGAGCCCGAAGCUCAAGGACAUGCUGCGGAGGUGGAACCAGCCUGGCGGCAUCAAGGGUGGGGAGAAGGAGGCACAGCAGAAAGUCGGCGAGGAGGAGGAGGCGGCAGCGGCAAAGAAGGGGAAGAGCAGGGCUGAGAGCCCCCAACGGUCAACAUCUCCCAAGGCUGAGAGCACCUCUAAGCAGGCAGAGGAGGAGGCCGGAACCGAGACUACGUCACAAGCAGCAAGCCCCAAGGCCGACAGCAGUUCCAAGACGGAGCCGGACGCUGCGCUCCCUGCUUAGGCGAGUGAUGAGUCUUGGGUGUCUCUCGCAUGAGCGGCGGCAGCGGCAACAGUGAAGUUGCCCUAUUUUAUGACAACGAUCACCCCCAGUAAUCUUGUUGAAAAUACCACCAAAUUCCUUAAUGCACGCACUUCUCCUC